CCGGGCCGGGUGCGAUGCAGAGCGGGAGCUGCGGGCGGCGCCCGAGCGCUCCGGUCCCGCCGCGGCGGGCGGUGCCGUGCGAGGCCACACCGCGCGGGGACGGGCACGGGCCGGGGAGGCGGCGGCGGAGCGCGGCAGGGACCGGGACGCGCCGCGAUGUCCCCGCCGGUAGCGGCAGCCCGGAGCUGGCCCGCGCCUUCCCGGCGGCCGCGUUGUAGCUCUCCGUGUUCCCCCUCUGCAAGUGGCUGCAGCAGCUGUGCCUGGAGCACCGCACCGAGUGGUUGAUCGUGAUCGCCGCCAGGCAAGCUAUGGGUGCAGGCACAGAGAGCCGCCAGCAGGAGCUGCUCACCGUCCUGAGAGACCUCAUCAGGCUGGACUUGCUGCCUCAGCUCCACCUUCACUGGCUACUCGAGGAUGGGAUCUGGACGCGGACAGAAGGCAGCUGGGGGGAGAGCAGCGACUUCUUCAUGGAGCUGGAGAUUGUCAUCCAAAGGUUAGGUCAGAUUUUCAGUGCUGGGCUCUCUCUGGAGAGUUGCAUCACCACCUUGGCUCAGCACUACAAAGAGUGUUUUUCUAAGAUCCCACCUGAUGCCAUGAUGCUCUCUGCUCCCCAUCCUGAUCACUGUGCUGCUCAGGCAGCUCCCCAAAGUCUGCCUAUUUCAGACUCACCUCUUGCCCCUCUGGUGUGCUGGAGUAACACAUCCCAGAGUUCUGGUCAGGCUUCUCCUGCUAUGUCAGCAGCUCUGCAGAAGCAGCAGCCUGUGUCAGCUUCUCUUGCAGCUGUUGAGAGUUGUGUGAUUGUUCCCCGGAGUCCACCGGCUCGUCAGCCUGAAACACCUCAUGCUCUUCUCCAGAGUGAGCCAGCAAGCUCAGUCCCUGUUAGAUACUGUAUCUUGUGUUAAAACUGGAGGCCAAGGAAACCUCAGAGGAUGACAGUGAAGAUUAGAUUACCCAAAGGACUGAAGAUGGCAUCAGGCACUCUUUGAGUGGCAUUUACACCAAGACUGCUGCCAGGCUGUGCCUGAGUGAGCUGUCAGUGGUUUGGAAGUCCAGGCAGUUGACUGGCACCAGGUAGGACACACUCAGUUUACAUAUCCUGGAGGAUGCUCACCCUGUGGGCAUCUUCCAGAAAGGCCCAAGUAGCUACACUUGGCACUUCAACCAUGCCUUCCAACUGCCCUGCUGGCACAUCUUGGCUGUGCUGAAUUCAAACAGAAAGCUCUUGAAGAGGGAGAUGCUCAGUAGACCAUGGGAGAGGGGAUGUGAUGCCCAUCAGGCCAGGUUAGACAGUGUUGAUGGCCUCUUGCAGGUCCUAAAGAGCUCCUGGAACAAGUCUUUGGAUAAAUGCCUGGUGGUGUACUUCCUUACAGCAGAGAUCAGCCAGCUCCCCACCACGGUAGUGAGGACUUUGAGCACAGGACUCUGGGAGCUGGCUGACAGCUGGAUCAGGCCCCACACUGAAGUCAAGCUCCAGCACUGAGUGGGAGCUGAGCUGGGUGCUUCCACUGUGCUCUGUCUUGCACCUUCAUUCCCCUCAGCCUGCCAUUUCCUCGGUGUGGAAGGGGCAGUUUGGGUCCUUGAUCUGCUGAGUGUGUGUCACUUCUUGCACAGGGCAGCAGAGGAACUGUAUUGGGAGCUCCUGAUCCCACAGGCAGUGUAACAGCCACUGACCUGGCUAGCAUCUGUGGCCGGGAGCCAGCUCUGGGUGGUGUGAUGUGGGAGGUGCUGCUAUCAUAGAAUCUGCUGAGUUGGAAGGGACCCAUUGGGAUCAUGUCCAACUCCCAGUCCUGUGCAGGACACCACAAAAAUCCCACCAUGUGCCUGAGAGAUACUUCCUGAGUCCAGAUAAUACUUGAACAGGCUUGAUGCCAUGGCCACUGCCCAUGGGAGCCUGUUCCAGUGCUCAGCCACCCUUUAGGUGAAAAACCUCUUUCUGAUAUCCUAUCUCAAUCUCUCCUGACUCAGCUUUAUACCGUUUCCUCGAGUUCUGUCACUAGUCAUGACAGUGAAGAGAUCAGUACCUGCCCUUCUGCUUCCUCUCAUGAAGAUGUUGAAGACCACA